AGAGUGAGAGAGAGAAAUAGUUUGGAUCUACUUGUGUGAAAGUUUCAGAAAACUCUGAACUCCGCACCGAGACGUGCCACAGCACGCGCGCGGGACGGGGACAGAAUCUCACGGUGGAAAAGAUGACGGGACUCCGGCUCGUGCUUGUGACCGCGUUGCUAUGGCAAUAUUGCGCCGGCCAGCAGAGAGGACUGUUUCCAGCUGUGUUGAACCUGGCAUCCAUGGCAGAUAUAACAGCUAAUGCAACAUGUGGAUCAUCAGGUCCAGAAAUGUAUUGCAAGUUGGUAGAACACGUCCCGGGUCAACCUGUUAGAAACUCACAGUGUGCAAUAUGUGACCAAAGGAGUGCAAAAUCAUUCGAGCGUCAUCCUAUAGAAUAUGCCAUAGAUGGGACCAACCGUUGGUGGCAAAGUCCUUCUAUCAAGAACGGAAUGGAGUACCACCAUGUGACUGUCACAUUGGACUUGAAACAGGUUUUCCAAAUUGCCUACAUGAUUGUAAAGGCAGCCAACUCACCUCGCCCUGGUAACUGGAUCUUAGAACGUUCAGUUGAUGGCUUGACCUUUGAACCCUGGCAGUACUACGCCAUCACAGACACAGAGUGUCUCACACGGUUCAACAUUCACCCACGGAGAGGACCUCCAUCUUAUACAAGAGAUGAUGAAGUUAUCUGCACAUCUUUUUAUUCAAAAAUUCCACCUUUGGAAAAUGGAGAGAUCCACACAUCUUUGAUCAAUGGACGCCCCAGUGCUGAUGACCCCUCCCCGACCCUGUUGAACUUCACCUCCGCCAGAUACAUAAGGCUGGUGUUUCAGCGAAUCAGAACACUGAAUGCAGACCUCAUGACUCUGACACUUCGUGACCCCAGAGAGAUUGACGAGAUUGUCAUGAGACGGUACUAUUACUCCAUUAAGGACAUCUCAGUUGGAGGGAUGUGCAUCUGCUACGGCCAUGCCAUGGCAUGUCCACUCAAUCCUGUUACCAAGAAGUUUAGCUGUGAAUGUGAACAUAACACAUGUGGAGAGAGCUGUGAUCGCUGUUGUCCUGGUUACCACCAGCAGCUUUGGAUGGCAGGAACCUUCCUCACUCGACACGUCUGUGAAAAGUGUAACUGCCACAGUAAAGCAGAGGAGUGCUACUUCAAUCAGACAGUAUCAGACCUGUCACUAAGCCUGGACAUCCACGGAAAGUACAGAGGUGGUGGAGUCUGCAUCAGCUGCCGUGACAACACAGCUGGCAUCAACUGUCAGAGCUGUGUCGCUGAAUUCUACAGGCCCGAUGGGGUGAGUGCUGAACAGGAGAACCCAUGCAUCCCUUGUUCAUGUGAGCCACACGGUUCUGUCAGUCAGCUGUGUGUUGCGGAUCCCAUCCAGGCCACAACCACUCAGCCAGCAGGGUCAUGCCAGUGUAAGGAGGGUUUUGGGGGUCUGCGAUGUGACAGGUGUGCUGUCAGUUAUAUGGGCUACCCGACCUGUCAGCGUUGUAACUGCAGUGUCGAAGGAAGCACCAACGCUGACCCGUGUGCAGCACUCUGUGUGUGCAAGGAAAACGUGGAGGGAGAGAAUUGUGACCGUUGUAAACUGGGAUUCUACAAUCUCCAUGGUGACAACAGACAUGGUUGUGAAAAGUGCUCUUGCAUGGGCGUCGCCAGUGACUGCUCUGCCUCCACCUGGACCUAUCAAAAUGAGACCACUUUGAUAGGCUGGUACCUGACUGGAGAUGCUGGACAGGUGAUGUGGUCUGUUCACAGCCAGAUGUCUUCAUAUCUCAGUGUCCGCCACGCAGAUGUUUUGGCUGAUCUUGGCUCAACCUACUAUUGGACCGCACCUGGACUGUUCCUGGGAAACAAGUUAUCAGCGUAUGGUGGGAAUUUGGUGUAUACAGUGUCAUACACGACAGACCAACAAGAACCAACUGCCGUUAGAGUGACCUCUGAACCUGACUUAAUCAUCGAGGGAGGUGGGAUGAAGAUUAUUGACAGGAGGUUUGGCCAGCCAGUGUACCCAUCCUCGCCAAGCACCAGCCAUGUUGUUCUCCUUCCACAGAACUUCAUGAUUUUAGAAACCGCACAGUCGAUUAAUCGGAGGGAUUUCUUGUCAGUUUUGGCCAGAGUGACCAAAAUACUGAUCAGGGCUUCUUACAGCACAGACCCUAGUGCUGUGUACAGACUCCACACAUUCUCAAUGCAGGUAUCUCAUCCCUCUGCAAGAGGAGACAAAAGAGCAUCAGCUGUAGAAAUCUGCACCUGUCCUCCCGGAUACACUGGAACCUCCUGUGAGAUGUGCCAUCCUGGUUUUCGGAGGGUUGAAGGGAUGCAGUAUAAUGGUGUAUGUGAAGCAUGCCGCUGUCACGGACAUGCUACCCAAUGUGACGAGUUCACAGGACAUUGCCUGGAUUGUUACCAUCACACCAGUGGCCCAUACUGUGACACCUGCCUACCUGGUUACUACGGCAAUGCCACCCAUGGAUUACCCACAGGCUGUCAGCCAUGUGCCUGCCCACUCAGUGUCCCUAGCAACAACUUCAGCCCCACCUGUCACCUCAACAGUGAAGGAGAGCUUCUGUGCGACCAGUGUCAACCUGGAUACACAGGGCCGCGAUGUAACAGAUGUGACAGGGGAUACUAUGGUCAACCCACUGUUAUAGGAAGCUUCUGUCAACCCUGUGAUUGCCAUGGCAACCUGGAGCUCUCCAUACCUGACAGCUGUGAUGCAAUUACAGGCGUGUGUCUGCACUGCCGGAAAGGUUACGGUGGCACGACUUGUGACAGUUGUGCUGAAGGAUACUAUGGGGAUGCGAUCACAGCAAAAAAUUGCCAACCUUGUCAGUGCCAUACUAAUGGCUCUCUGUCUGAGGUCUGCAACAAGCAUACUGGCCAGUGCUUGUGUAGGGAAAAUGUGGUUGGACGACGGUGUGAUGAGUGCGUGCCUCAGACACACGGCAUCACCACAGCUGGAGUGUGUAUCCCGUGUCACUGUAAUUCAUUUGGUUCCAAGUCAUUUGAUUGCGAUGAAUAUGGUCAGUGUCGGUGUCAGCCAGGAGUCACUGGACCCAAAUGUGACCGCUGCUCACGGGGAUUCUUCAAUUUCCAGGAGGGAGGCUGCACACCCUGUCAGUGCAGUCAUGUGGGGAAUAACUGUGAUGCCAACACGGGACAAUGCAUCUGUCCUCCAAACACAAUUGGUGAGAGGUGUGACCGUUGUGCUCCCAACCACUGGGACCAUGACAUCAUCACUGGAUGCAAGGAGUGUGGCUGUAACGUGGUUGGCUCAGUGACCCAACAGUGCAAUGUUGAAACCGGCUGCUGCUUCUGUCAUGACUCCUUCAGAGGAGACAAGUGUCAUGAAUGUCAACUGGGAUACAGAGAUUUCCCUCAGUGCACCCAGUGUGAGUGCAACAGGGCAGGAUCAGACAGCCAGACAUGCGACCUGGAGAGAGGAGUGUGUGCCUGUGCAGAUCGAACAGGGCGAUGCAGCUGUAAGGUUAAUGUGGAGGGAGACCACUGUGACCGCUGUAAACCAGGCACUUUUGGGUUGACAGUGCGAAAUCCAUUGGGCUGCAGCAAAUGUUAUUGCUAUGGACUGACACAGUCCUGUAUGGAAGCCUCAGGACUCAUAAGGAUGUGGUUAACGCUGAAGCCAGAGCAGACUGUGCUUUCCCUCGUGGAUAAAUCCAACCUUGUGGAGACAAGGAGAGGAGUCAGCUUUCAGCACCCAGAGAUCCUCGCCCAUUCUGAGGUGGUGAUUUCUGUUCUCUCUGAACCCUACUACUGGAGACUGCCAGAGCAGUUCACAGGGUCUAUGAUCACAUCAUACGGUGGCCAGUUGAAAUAUGCAGUGUACUACGAGGCCAGAGAUGAAACGGGUCCUUCUUCCUACGAGCCACAGGUUAUCAUUAGGGGUGGUCCCAACCGGAAUAUUUUGAUUACACGCCAUGUACCAGGAAUUCAUAUUGGUCAACUCACACGUCACGAGAUUGACAUGACAGAACACGAGUGGAAGUAUGCAGAUGGACGGGCAUUGACUCGCGAUGACUUCAUGGACAUUUUGUUCUAUGUGGACUCCAUCUUGAUCAAAGCAUCUCAUGGCAACUUGAUGAGACACAGCCGUAUUUCAGAAAUAAGUCUUACAGUGGCAGAGGAAGGUCAACCAACCAAAGAAAGCGAGAGAGCCCAUCAGAUAGAAAAGUGUGAUUGUCCAGUUGGAUACUCUGGACUUUCCUGUGAGGAGUGUGCUGCAGGUUUCUACCGUCUCCGUGGCCUACCCCUGCCAUCUGCUCCAGCAUCCAGAGUGCCCACUGCUGCCGGCAUGGGCAGCUGUGUUCAGUGCCAAUGCAGUGGGCACUCAUCUACCUGUGACCCUGAGACCUCCAUAUGCCAGAACUGUCAAGAUAACACAGAGGGUGAUCAGUGUGAACGCUGUGUGCCAGGAUUCUAUGGUAUCAUCCAAGGUUUCCACGAUGACUGUAAACCCUGUGCCUGUCCUCUUAUCAACCCAGAGAACAAUUUCAGCCCAACCUGUGUUGCUGAGGGGUUAAGCGACUACAGAUGUACAGCCUGUCCUGAGGGAUAUGAGGGAAAAUACUGCGAGAGGUGUGCCAGUGGUUACCAUGGUAACCCAAAGGUGCCAGGCAGCUGGUGUGAGGAGUGUAAGUGUUCCUUAUGGGGGGCGUGGCCCAGCCCGUGUGAUCCAGUUACAGGCCAAUGCCGUUGCAGGGUCGGGUCAUCGGGGAAGUCGUGUGACAAGUGCAUGGAGAGGCAUGUGUGUGGACCAGCUGGGAUUAUUUCCUGUGAUGAUGACUGCUCAGGUCUUUUGAUCAGUGAUAUGGAUCGUCUUUAUCAUAUCAUCACUGAAGUUACCCUGACUACACCCCUGCCACCACCUUACAAGGUCUUGUACCGCUAUGAGAACAUGACAGAGGAACUGAAGCACAUGCUGUCGCCUCAGAAAACUCCGGAGAGAUUACUGCAGCUGGCUGACUCCAACCUCGUAUCACUGGUUAUAGAGAUGGACCAACUACACAGCAGGGUCACAAAGGUGUCUGCUGAUGGAGAACAGGUUGAAUAUGAUGCUGAAAGGAUUCAUAAACGAGCAGAGGACCUGGAGCAGUACAUCAGGGGUACAUUGCUGGGAGCUAAAGACCUCCAGUUGAAGGCUGAUGAGUUAAACCAGACUUUCUCAAAGAGAGAUGGAACACAAGACAAAAGCCUGACAGAGAUGAAGAAGGAGAUACAGGUCAUGCUAGCUGAGAUGAGGAAGCGACACCUGGGAGGGAAAAGGAUCAUUGCUGAGGAGGAAAUGGACCUAGCUGAGGAGAUUCAUCAAAAGGUGAAGAGAUUGUUUGGAGAUCCCCAUCAGGCAACUGAAGAUCUGAAAGCAGAGAUUAAAGUGAAGAUGUCAGAUCAUGAGGGGAAGCUCCAGGAGGCCCAGCAACUACUCUAUAAUGCCCAGGGAAAUAUGAGACAGACUGGUUUACUGGCUGCACAAAACCAGGCUAAUCUCACUUUCCUAGAGAGGAAGCAUUCUGCUGUGAGUAGGAUGACACAGGAUGUUCAGGAAAUUCUUGGAAAAGGAGAACAUCUACUGGCUGUUGCAAACCAACUUUCUGACAACAUCAACAAGGAAAUAGAGGACCUGGAGGAGAUGGGGCAGCAACUGGGUUCUCUUCACAACCAGCUGGACAGUAAAGUCAGCCAUCUCAUCAGUGGUUUGGGUGAUGGCAGUCUGGCUCGUCAUGUGCAUGAUGCAGAGGCUCAUGCUGAUCAACUGAAUGAAUCUGCUGCUAUUUUGGAUAGUAUUUUGGCUGAAGCAAAGAAUCUCUCCUUUAAUGCAACAGCUGCAUUCAAAGCCUACAGUAACAUCAAGGCCAAUAUUGACGCAGCAGAGAAAGAGGCAAAGGGGGCUAAAGAGAUGGCAGCUGAGGCACUCACACUGGCUUUAGGACCAGAGGUCCCAGUAAAGGAGGAAGCUGAAGGCUCACUUCAGAAGAGUCACAGAUUAUUAACUCAAGCUAUAAAACUUCAAACUGAUGUCAAAGACAAUGCUGGUAAUGUGGCCGCACUGAAGAGCAGAGUUAAAGCAGCAAGAGAUAAAACCAAAGACCUGCUCAAAGCUGUCAAUGGAACCAUGGCAACUCUUAAUGCUAUUCCCAACGACACUGCUGUUAAAUUAGUGGCCACCAAGACUGUAGCAGCUGAUGCUAAUGCCACUGCCACAGAUGUCCUAGAGCGUCUUGGAGAUUUAAACCUGCAAUUACGUGUCUUGCAAAAGAACUACAGCGAGCUGGAGGGCACUGUCAGUGCAGCCAAUCAGAUGAUCCAGGACCCAGAGAAAAACACUAUCAUUCAUGCUGCAGGAGCAAGGGUGAAGGAUUUAGAGGAUGAAGCUGACAGGCUUUUGGAGAAGCUGCAGCCAAUUAAGAAACUGCAGGAUAAUUUGAGACGAAAUAUCUCGCAAAUCAAGGAGCUGAUCAACCAAGCCAGGAAACAAGCUAAUUCAAUCAAAGUUUCAGUAUCAUCAGGUGGUGACUGUCUCCGUAGUUACCGGCCUGAUAUUCGAAAAGGGCGGUACAACACCAUCGUCCUUCAUGUCAAAACCACAACACCUGACAACCUGCUAUUUUACCUGGGAUCUGCUAAAUAUGUUGACUUUAUGGCUUUAGAGAUGCGUAAAGGGAAGGUGAAUUUCCUUUGGGAUGUGGGUUCCGGUGUAGGGAGGGUUGAAUAUCCGCAUCUCACCAUUGAUGAUGGAAACUGGCAGAGAAUAGAAGCAUACCGUAAUGGGCUGAAUGGUACUAUAUCAGUAUACCCUUUAGAAGGGUCAAUGGCAGCAAUAAUGCCAACUCCAGCCAGUGCCACAUCACCCACAACCUACACUAUCUUGGACGUUGACCAAAAUGCCUAUCUCUUUGUUGGAGGAAUACUCGGCAAUGUCAAGAAAGCUGAAUCUGUGAGGACAAGUACAUUCACAGGCUGCAUGGGGGAGGUAUUCUUGGAUAAUAAACCUAUCGGACUGUGGAACUACAGAGAGAGACAAGGAGAUUGUAAAGGAUGUGUUGUCAGCCCCCAGCGAUCAAAUGGUGAGGGGAUUGUGCAGCUGGAUGGUGAGGGAUACGCUGCAGUUGGACGACCCACCAGGUGGAACCCAAAUGUUUCAACUGUCACCUUCAAGUUCCGCACAUUCUCUUCUGAUGCUCUCCUCAUGUACCUGGCUACUGAAAAUAUGAAAGAUUUUAUGUCCCUGGAGCUGUCAGAAGGCAGGAUUAAAGUGAGCUUUGACCUUGGAUCAGGGGUCGGCAGUGCCAUUUCAGGUAGCCGCCAUAAUGAUGGACACUGGAAAUCUCUCACCAUGUCACGGAACAAAAACCAAGCUAAGGUAACCAUUGUGGACAUUGACAGCAAUGAAGAGGAGAAGAUAACAGCUGAAUCUCCAAGUUCAGCUGCCGGUCUGAACCUCAAAGAAAAUCAGAAGCUGUAUUUUGGAGGCAUCCCUACCAUCGGAAGCUACAGGUCAGAGGUUACUCAGAAGCGUUAUGCAGGCUGCCUUCAAGAGAUUGAAGUCUCCAGAACUCCUUUUAACCUCCUCAGUAGUUCUGAUUAUACUGGCAUUACUAAAGGUUGUAACAUAGAGAACCUGUACACAGUCAGUUUCUCAAAGCCUGGCUACAUGGAGCUGGCUGGCCUGUCACUGGCAGUUGCCACAGAGGUCAGUUUGUCCUUCAGCACUCUGGCAGACACCGGGACCAUUCUUCUGGCAGUCAGCGGAUCUUCAGCAACAAACCAGCAGUCCCAAAAAACACAGUUCAUCAACUCCACAAGAAAACGCAGACAAUCAGGAGAGCCCUACCUAUCAGUCAUGCUGAACAAAGGCUCUCUGGAGGUGUUGAUGUUUACUGGCAGCCACAGUCCACGUCGUGUCAUCAGACGGCCGGAGCAGGGCAUACUGCAUGAUGGGAGAGAGCACUCACUGCGCUUAGAGAGGCUGCCUGGCAGAACCAUUGCAGUGCAGAUAGAUGAAGAGGCCAAGAGGGAAGCAGCGCUUCCCAAUGACCAGCCAAUGAACUUGCAGCGGCUCUUCCUCGGUGGCACUCCUGGAGAACUAGGGCAGACAACAAACAGAGUCAUUGUCCCAUUCCAAGGAUGCAUAUGGAACCUCAUGUUCAACUCUAUUCUCUCAGAUUUCUCCCAGCCUGUAUCCUUUGAAAAUGCUGAAAUUGGUCAGUGCCCCAGCCUUGCCCCUUCUUCACCAUUUCAUCCUCUGGGAGAGGAAGAUGAUGUGGAAGAAAAUGAGAAGAAAAAGCCUGUCAGUAAUUCGCUGCCCAUGGUUACAUCACCUCCAGGAACUGCUGAUGUGACCACACCCUCUGCUACACCCAACAUCACACCAAGAGGACCUGUUGAAGCCUCACCCACAACAAAGCAGGAGCCAAGCAUUGAUAUGGAUUUAUGUGCCUCAGCUGUUGCCCCAACAACUCUUGAGCAGGCCUAUCAGUUUGGACUGACCAGGAACAGCCACAUGAGCUUCACCUUUGAUGACACAAAAGUCAGAGAAAGGCUAAUAUUAGAGUUUGAGCUGAGAACCAAAGAGGAGUCUGGACUUGUUCUCUACAUGGCAAGAAUCAACCAUGCUGAUUUUGUUUCCAUACAGAUCAAGAAUGGACAGGUUUGCCUGGGUUAUGAUCUCGGCCAUGGAAACAUAUCUGGCUGUGUCCCAUUCUCCAUCAAUGACGGGAACUGGCACAAGAUCCGUGUGAGUCGUGUAAAGCAGAGAGGUCUGCUCAUGGUUGAUGGCCGCUACAGUAAACAAAUGAUCAGUCCAAAAAAAGCUGACUUGCUCGAUGUUGUGGGAAUGCUGUAUGUUGGUGGACUACCACAGAAUUACACCACUAAGCGAAUAGGACUGAUUCUGUACAGCAUUAAUGGAUGUAUUCGCAAUUUGAAGAUGGUUGGAGGUCCUGUGAGCACUAAGGCAAGAAGUACAGGACGUCCUGAACCCGUCCUUGAGGAUUUUAAUUUGAACAUGGACAGACCCAGCUCCAGCCAUAUUGUUGGAAGAUGCUUUGUUUCAACUGAAAUGGGCACCUAUUUUGAUGGUACUGGCUUCCUGAAAGCAGUCUCAUCCUACAGAGUAGGCCUAGAGCUGUCAAUAUCACUGGAGUUCAGAACCAGUAGGACCAGUGGAGUGCUGUUAGCCAUCAGCAACCAAGACAGUGAUGGACUUGGACUUGAGAUCUUCCAGGGCAAACUGCUGUUCCAUGUUGACAAUGGAUCAGGAAGAAUUACAGCGGUGUACACAGCUGAGGGCGCCGGUUUUUGUGAUGGACAGUGGCACUCCAUUACUGUCAACAAGCUUCGCCACAGGGUGGAGUUGAUUGUUGAUGGGAAGCAGAGUGAAGCAGAGAGUCCUGAUGUACGCUCCAAUACCUGUGACACCAAUGACCCAAUCUACGUUGGUGGAUAUCCUGAGGGAGUUCAUCAGGUAGCUCUCUUAACCAACACUUCCUUCAAAGGCUGUAUGAGGAAUCUCCAGAUCACCAAGUCAUUCAAGACAAUGGAGGUUCCGUUUAACAAAGCUCUGGAAUUUGAAGGGGUCCAACCUCUCUCCUGUCCUACUGCAGCUGCAUAAACGUUCCACCCUUUUUUUAUGUCCUUAUAUUUUUCAGUGUUUUCAACAGUCCAGUAAAGUUAAUGUAACACUUGGAACCACCUGAAAUGGAGCAGUGCACACGCACAC